UUGGUUCAUUUUUGUCCACCCUUAUCACAAGCGACUGGUACAGAAGGGGGCGUUUUUAAACUUAGAACACGUGCCUUGCAAAAUUGUCAACAUCAUACCUGAUUUGCCGUUUAAGUGACCCCUCACGUGCUAUCACCUUGUAGAGUUGUAAAUAAGAAUCGAUUUCUUGUGUACGUGGGAAGAGAACUGUGAGAACAAUUCCUUACAUAAGUUUACAAAGGGAAAUAAUGUCGUCUGAAAGUGAUCCACUAUUAAUCCAGGGUGAUGAUGGUCGUCCCGGUAAUUUCUAUGAGGAAUUUAUCCAACCAUGCCUAGCCGAGUUAGUAGCAGUAACAUUGUUUGUGUUUGUUGGAACCAUGGCGGUCUAUGAUACCGUAUCACCGACACCAGACACCCCUGCAUCAGCAGUGGCAGUGGCUCUUGCACACGGACUGACCAUAGCUAUUUUGGUAGCCGUAACCGGCCCGAUCAGUGGCGGUCACAUUAAUCCAGCUGUAACUUUUGCAAUGGUUUUAUUAAGAGAAAUGAAACCAGUUUUAGCAGCAGGUUAUUUUGUAUGCCAAAUAAUUGGAGCAUUACUUGGAGCUGCUUUCACUCGGGCUGUAAUAGGAGAUGUAAAAUAUAAGCAAAUCGGUGGAGGAGCUCACACUUUAGGGGAAGGUGUUGAGCCUGGUCAAGGUAUUCUGUGUGAAAUCUUACUGACCACUGUACUUAUACUCGUCAUUCUGCAUGUUGCUGUUGAUCCAAAAACCCAAAAUCCCCUUGCACCUUUGGCUAUUGGUUUUGCAGUCACAGUUGACAUAUUAGCUGGUAUAAGUGUCACUGGUGCUUCCAUGAAUCCAGCAAGAAGCUUUGGACCAGCUGUAGUUAUCUCUGUGUUAAAAUCAUUCUGGGAUUACCAUUAUAUUUAUUGGGUUGGACCAUUCCUUGGUUCUGUUUUGGCAGCUUUCAUCUACAAGUUUAUAACAGCUGAUAAAAGCAAAAGAUUGAUUUUCAAAAAUAACUAAUAAAAAUGAACUGACCUUAAUCAACCUCAGUACCUGUUACAUGAUGCCAUGUCAGAUGUUAAUGCACAGCACUGAGGAAAGCAUUACGAGCAUAUCAAAUUUUUGAUUAUUUUGUUUUUCCAUUGAACUUGUUUAUUCAAGUGUUUUAGGAGAUUAAAAAUGAUUAUGGGUAGACAUUAGCAGUAUAUUGUGUUAUAUUAUAUAUAGUUAUGGAUGAAUUCUUUGUUAUUGGUUUUAGGUAUAAUAAUUUUAAGGCAUCAAAAUAUUUUACUUUUUAUUAAAGGGGAAGUGCCCGAUUUCAAAGGCCACAGUCAAUAAAUGUGGUUUUAUUUAUGUAAAUCAAAAACCAAAAGGUGACAAUAUAUCAUGUUUACCUAUACUAACUUAUGCUAAAAUAUUUUAAGGAUGCAAGCAUUUCAUUGGUUGAGAGUUAAAAUCCUAAUACAAAUUUUAGCUUUUAGCCAAUGAAAGGGCUGAAUUCUUAAAAUAUUUUAGUUUUUGUUUUUGUGAAUAAGGCCCCAGGCUAUUAGAAAAUGAUCAGUGUAUGUACUUUAAAUAAAACUAGGUUAUGUAAAUCUUUUAAGGAUUUUUAAUUUUCAGUUGUCUGGGUUACUUGAUAAUCAUAACAAUCAUAUUUGUCAAGUAGAUAGAGAUGGUUAUCCAAGUGCUCACACAGCAAGAAAUUUGGGGACUUAUGGUUAAAUCCUAAAUGGUAACUGAAAGUUUUUUAAAAAAAAAUAUCACAGAGCUUCAGACAGUUGUAAUGAACUAGGAUUAAGUCUUUCAACCUGAAUUAAACCAUUCUAUUCACUAAAAUAUGGCUUCCCCCCUUUAAUAAAUAAUAGUUAUUUUAUUGUUAGGCCAUACAAAAACAAAAUAUUCUGGUUCUUAGACAAUCCUUAUUAAAAAUCUGAUGCAGAAGAAAGGUUUUUAUUUUUGUGUUUUUAUUUUGUCAAAGGAUUGCUACUGGACUAAAUGACUUCUCAUAAACUUGGCGGGAGCCACAUUGGUUAAGUGUGUAAGACGCUGGCUCGCUAGCCUGGAGGUCACAUGUUCGAUCCCAACAUUGGCCAAGAAAUUCAUCAGGAUUUUUCGGGUUGGCUUCUCCUUGUCAGUGUUGCAGAACAGAGGGACUGAUAAGGACAGCUGUCUAGUCGUUUGGAGUGCACGUAAAUGAUCCCUUGGUAGUUGGAAUUCGAUAUAAGAGUAGGCCAUAGUGCUGCUGCCCGGGCAAAAUUUUCCUCAUAGCACACUGUAUUGCGUAUGAUCGUCUGCAUUAGCCAAGUCGGAACAGAACAGUAGGACGCUAAACCCCAUUUAAUUUCAUAAGCAUGGCAUUUCUACCCAAGCUGCUACAUUUAUCUCAUCAUGUUGUUUAACAGGAAUGUAUGAUUAUCAAGUAUCAUUUAUGAUUGUCAGUAUCAGAGUUGUGUAUUUGAUAAAUGCGCCUAUGCCACAUGUCAGGAUUUGUUCAAAUAUAUUUUAGAGCUACUUCCUGUAACAGGGUAAAACAUUAACUGUGGUAAUUAAUGAGACACAGAUUUUAUCUGAUAACCAGAAAUUUGUUUAUAUAUGACCUCAUAUAUAUAUAUAUAUACUUAUUUACAAGAUUCAUGUUGAAUCUAUAAAACAGUAUUCAUCUUAUUGAUAUAUAGGUAUCUAUUUUUUAAUAAUAAAUUUAUAUAAUAUAA